AAAAUUUUGAAAUCUUUAACGAGGGACAGCGUCAUAUUCAAAACAGGGUGCCUGGGCACUCUUGAUUUUCGGGCAAUGAAGCAGCUUCAGCUUCACUAUCUGGGCCUCAAAGACAAUGUGUAUUUCCCAAAAUUCACGCCCAUGGCGAUGCCGCUACCUACACCUCCAUUAACUCCACUUCCUAAACUUCCCCUUAAACUCAAAAUUUCACCUAUUACUCCAACCAACGCCUCAUCUCGUCUUCUUUGUAAAUUCAAGGAUUCCGAUAUGACCUCACAGCUGGAAAUUCUGAAGCCCGAAGGGAAGAAACCAGAGAAGCGUGUCAGCGGGAUAUUCUGGAUACUACUUCUUAACCUGGGAAUAUAUGUGGCAGAUCAUGUCUUCCAGGUUCGGGCAAUAAAAGCAUUAUACUUUUACCACAAUCGGCCUGCUUGGUACCAGUUUGUGACUGCAACAUUCUGUCAUUUUAACUGGAACCACCUGUCAAGCAACCUGUUUUUUUUGUAUAUUUUUGGAAAACUCGUUGAAGAGGAGGAAGGAAACUUUGGAUUGUGGCUUUCUUAUAUAUUAACUGGGGCUGGAGCUAACCUUGUCUCAUGGUUGAUUCUGCCAAGAAAUUCUGUUUCUGUUGGUGCAUCUGGUGCAGUGUUUGGACUCUUUGCUAUUAGUGUACUUGUGAAGAUGUCUUGGGACUGGAGAAAGAUUCUUGAAGUAGUUGUAUUGGGCCAGUUUGUUAUAGAAAGGGUAAUGGAAGCAGCCCAAGCAUCAGCAGGAUUAGCGGGAGGUAUUAAUGGAGGAGUUUCUGCCUUACAAAAUGUUAAUCACCUUGCACAUCUCUCUGGUGCCCUUAUUGGUGUUGCUUUGGUAUUGAUGCUGAGUGGAAUUUCUAGUGAACCGGAUGCACGGAACAAUAAAAAGUGACCCCUAAGAAUUAAGAUCAAGGAAAGUUUCUUUACAAACAUGUAUAAUUUGCUUGUUGAGUAAAGCAAUCAGUUCAAUGACAGACGGGCAUUUUAUGCAUAUUUUUAGUACACUGAACUGUACCAAGGAUAGUGUUGGUAAUUUUUGUAUGGAUAGGGUGUAUCAAUUGAACAUCAGAUUUGACAUGGUGUAUAGACGAUUUUUGAAAACCAAAUACAUAUUCUAUCAUAACUACUACUACUUCCUCAA